AUGAAAACUGCCGUCUUCGGCGGAGCAUCGGACGGCGGAGCCAACGACCCUCAACACAGUAUAGCUCCAUCGCUUACCUUUACCCCGCCCGCGGCGUUAAGCGCCGGCAACUCGCUACAUCCGAGGCGAUCCGCCGCUUCGGGCGGUUUACCAGGCUCAGCCAGACAAAAUCGUCGAACGUCGCGAAUUCAGAAUGUGGGUAGUGUUUUGGAUCAGGUAAUUCGUUUUGUGGUUGUGUUUGAAGUCUGGUUCGUCUUAUUUGGUUAA